AUGGGUGCAACACGUUGGGGUGUACCCAGUUCGACAAUGAAAACACCAACAAGGCCUCGUUUCACUAUUGGAGGAACGCAGAUCAAUUCAUCCUCUAAGAAUGAUUUCAACUCUGGCCAACCUCGAUUCAGCAUCGGUGGAGCAGUACCGGCCAGUGCACGUAGACACUCUGUGUUCAGGUCACUUACCAGUAAUAUCAAAGACACUAGACCGCUAACUUCAAAAGAGUAUCAGUGUGAUAUGGUCCGAACGAUUUACGAGUUUCUUCUUGAACAUGAUGGAGAGAACUGUCUACCAGAACGAGUUAUCCGGUCGCCUACGAAGCAGGACUUUAUCUCUAUGUUUGAGAGCAUCUAUCAACACGUCAAUCCUGAUUUCCAGUUGAAGAAUGUCAAUGAAGAGGUGCCUGCGAUCUUUCGAGAGCUAGGUUAUCCCACUGCCAUCAAACCGAGCACCAUGCAAACCAUAGGAGCGGCCCAUACAUGGCCCACACUACUCGGCGCCCUAACCUGGUUGAUCGAUAAUAUCAAGGUAUGCAAUCAACUUCAAGGCAAGGUCGGACAAGAGCUACUCCUCGGUGGAGAUGAUUCAAAUGGUACCUUGAAGGCGUAUAAGUACAGUUGGAUGAAUACCGUAUUCAAGGAAUACAUUCAAAAUCGAAAGGAUUUCAUGGAAAGUGAUGAAGCAUUCGAUGUUAACAUCGAACGUCUCCGACAAUGGUAUGAACAACAGGAAGAUUUUGAUACUCAGAAACAGACUAUAGAGGCUAAUCUUGAGCAAAUUGCCGAAGAAUGUAAAGAAUUGGAGGCAGAUAAAGGAAAUGUGGACCGCUUGCAGCAAGACAUUGCACGUCUUGACGAUGAUAUCGCCAAGGCCCAAGAGUAUAAGGAGAAGACGGAUCAGGACGAAAAGUUAUUAGCAGAAACAUUGGACGCUGUGAACGUUGAACUAGCCACAGUCCGUGGACAAGAAAAGGAAUGUCGCGCUAAACUCGCGGAAGUCGAAAGCGCGAUCAAAGCUCAGGAAGAGACGAACGGACUGUGUGGGACUGAAGCUCGAGCUCUCAUAGCUGAAGUGGAUCAGAAUAAGCUCACUUUGAGAAAACUGAAAGCAGAGCUCGAGAAUCUGUGCAAACAGCACUGGAUGGCCGUUCCAAAAACCAAAAGUGCCCUAGCCGAGCAACAAGGUCGUCACCACAAACUGGUGGUGGAUAUCAGAAGUCUUUAUCCGAGCGCUUACUCUGAAGAUACGGUUAUUAUUGAUGAGAAUCCAAGUGAUGCCAGACAAGAAGAUGGAGUGAUUAGUGGUAAACUUCGCGAAAGACAACGUAUGGACUCGCGAGCGGAGCGUCAACGUCGAAGAGAUCGAGAUGAUUGGGAAAAGGAUGUGAUCGCUGAGGAGACAGAGCUUGAUCGUUUGGAAAAUGAGAAGGAAAUAUUGGAAAACAAGUGUCAUGAAGUCGGCAGCUUGAAAAGAGAUCUCGAAACUCUUCGAGCCGAAAAUGCAGAGUACUCAAAGGUACUGGCCGAAAAGCAGUUGAAAAUCAGUGAUGCAAUUCUGUCUAGAUUCCAUGCUGUUGUCAGUGACCUGGACAUGAUGAAGGAGGCACGCGAAUGGAUGAUGAGAAAGAUGGAAGAAAUGAUUGCAUUAGGAGAGCAGAUUCCAUCCGAUUCUCUCUUAGUCGAAGGAUAUGAUGAAGAUUGA